GAUUGGCAAAGAACAGGAAGAAGAAGAGUAUUUCACGUGUUUCUGUUUUAAGUCGGUUUUGAUUCUGGUACUGCUCGUUUAAAAUGGCUCUGAAAAGGUUGAAGACUAAAAAGUCAAAGAGGUUGACCGGCCGCCUCAAGCACAAGAUCGAAAAGAAAGUGCGCGAUCAUAACAAAAAGGAACGUCGUGCUGCCAAAAAGAACCCGAAGAAGGGCAGCAAGAAACAGAAGCUCAUCCAGAUCCCAAACAUCUGCCCCUUCAAGGAGGACAUCCUCAAGGAGGUGGAGGAGGCCAAGCAGCGUCAGGAGGCCGAGCGGCUGGCCCGCCGCGAAGCCUUCAAAGCGGAGCGCGAACAGAACAAGUUUAAGUCAUUGGAGUCCAUGGUCGAGGAUGCGGACAUGCGUAGCACUGUUCACGGCUUAAUGCACGAAAACGACGAAAAAGAUGCGGAUGAAAAGAAAUACAAAAACGCCGUUACCAAGGAGCAGUCCUUAAAACAGUACUUUAAGGAGUUCCGUAAGGUUAUUGAAAAUGCCGACGUUGUCCUGGAAGUCGUUGAUGCCCGUGACCCACUGGGAACCCGCUGCAACGAGGUGGAGCGUGCCGUGCGCGGUGCUCCGGGCAACAAGCGUCUGGUGCUGGUGCUUAACAAAGCCGAUCUUGUGCCUCGGGAGAACCUUAACAACUGGAUCAAGUACUUCCGUCGCAGUGGACCCGUCACAGCCUUCAAGGCCUCCACACAGGAUCAGGCUAACCGGCUUGGACGCCGCAAGCUCCGCGAGAUGAAGUCGGAGAAGGCCAUGCAGGGAUCCGUUUGCAUUGGCGCCGAAUUGCUCAUGUCCAUGCUUGGCAACUACUGCCGCAACAAGGGCAUCAAGACCUCAAUUCGAGUGGGCGUCGUAGGCAUCCCCAAUGUUGGCAAGAGCUCCAUCAUCAACUCGUUGACACGCGGCAGAUCUUGCAUGGUGGGAAGCACUCCGGGAGUUACCAAGGCAAUGCAAGAAGUGGAGCUGGAUUCGAAAAUAAAAUUGAUUGACUGUCCCGGCAUCGUGUUCACCAGUGGAGGAGAGAACUCACAUGCGGUGCUGAAAAAUGCACAGAGAGUGGGCGACGUGAAAGAUCCCUUCACCAUUGCAGAAAGCGUUUUGAAGCGCGCCAGCAAGGAUUACUUCUGUGCCAUGUAUGACAUUACAAGCUACGACACAUUCGAGGAAUUCUUUGCCAAAAAAGCAGCCAGAAUGGGUAAAUUCCUGAAAAAGGGAGUACCAGAUGUUGUGGCCGCUGCACGAAGCGUACUGAACGAUUGGAACACAGGAAAAAUCAAAUACUGCACACAGCCUCCGGAAGUUCAGGAAGCUCAAAGUGUUCACAUCAGUGCCUCUAUAGUUCACUCCGAGGCCCGCGAGUUCGACGUGGAGAACUUCGAGUCCAUGGAGACGGAGAUCCUUGCUCAUUGCGCUGAGAAAACUGAUGACAUUAUGGAAAUAACGUCCACAGGUCCACUAGAGAUAAGACAGCCGCGGGAGGAAGAGGAUCCUGCACCUAAACUGGCUGCAAGUGUGGUCAUAAAUGAAAAAGAGAAACCGGCAAAGGGUCGUAAAAGAAAACUGGAUGAAGAAAAAGAGAAGGUCGAUCCUAGUUCACUGUUGGAAGAAAACCAAUCCCUAAACAAGGGCAUCAAGCAACUGCAAAAGCUGAAGAAAAAGCAGAAUGUUCGCAAUGAGAAGAAAAUCUCAAAAAUUACAGACGUUCUGGAUAACUUUAGCUUAGGUUCAUCUUCUUCAAAGGCCGAAAAAUACGAUUUUGAUAAGGAUUAUGUGAUCGAGUAAAUUCUGCCUUAGUUUUAAUCAUAAAUAAAUCUGUUGAUGGUACACUAGCAUAUGAAAAAGUGUAAUAUCUCCAAAAAAAAUUUAAA